AUGGUCCAGCAGCGGCCGUACUUUGUUCGCCAGUCACAGGACUCCAAUGUAAACAGCAAUAGCGAUGCUGCUGCUGCAGAGCCAGUUUCUGGAACUGUCGCGGUGUCCAUUAGUGGCGAUGAGGGGCAGGACGAGCAGGAGGAGCGCACUCCGUUGACGCCGCCACGCACGGUUGAUCAAAAUGAUCUGGUGGACACGCCCGAGUACAGCGCGUCGUGGUUCAGCCGGCUGACGUUCUCCUGGCUGAACGACUUGCUAGCCAAGGGAGUCGCGCGGCAGAUUGGCCCCGAGGACCUGUACAAGCUGGACGCCAUGGAUAUGCCGGCACCAAACUGGAGAAAGUAUCUGGGCCACCACGGCAAGUCCGGCCGCCGCUCUUCCCUGCUGAUCGCUUUGCUCUGGACCUUUGCGCCUGAGCUCGCGCUCCAAGGCGUCUUGGCAUUGGCAUCUUCGGUGCUGCAUUUCUCAGGGCCGUUUUUCUUGCAGCGGAUCCUGCGGCACGAUGCACGUGGCGAGGUGAGCUUGAGGGGGGCGUAUUUGGAUGCAUUUGGGCUACUGCUUUUCACCGUGUUGGUGUCGCUGCUGUCGCAGCAGGCGAUGUGGAUUGGGAGGCGCGUGGGUAUCCGGCUUAAGGGCGUGCUGGUCGGCGAGCUGGCUGCAACUACACUGAAGCGCCGCGGAAAGGGGGGCUCAUCGGAGGACAAGGCAGACAGGGAGGACAAGCCCAAGGCCAGCGAUUCUAUCGUCAAUCUGCUGACGGCGGACUUCCAGCGAGUAUCCGAGGUAUCCGCGUACCUCGACAGCAUCUACUCGAUGCCUUUGAUGCUUCUGAUCGGGAUCUGGUACAUGUACGCGCUCCUCGGCAUCUCUGCGCUUGUCGGGCUGUCAAUCGCUAUCAUCUACGCGCCCCUGUCCAAGCACAUGCUCCAGUACGUGAGCAAGAUCGAAACCAAACUAAACGCACUCAGCGACCAGCGUGUCACGGCGAUCACCGAGCUGCUGCAGGGAAUCAAGACCGUGAAACUGUUCGGAUGGGAGUCGCGGUUUUUGGCGCGCAUAGAUGAGCGGCGCGAGCGGCAGUUGGCGUAUAUGUGGCGGGUGCUGCUGUGUUGGGCGUACAUAAUGGUGGUUUCGACGUUGGCGCCGAUGCUGGUGCUGAUUGUUAUUUUUGGCGUGUACGUUGUGGGGUUCAAACAGGUGCUGACGGCGGAGGUGGCGUUUACGGCGAUUGCGGUGUUCCAGCAGGUGCGCAUGGUGUUUGAGCGGCUGCCUGGGAUGCUCAACUGGGUGGUGGGCGGGUAUGUGUCGCUGGGCCGCAUUGACGAGUACCUGCGCCAGCCGCAGAUCCAGCGCUUGGAGGACCGCCUGACGCCGCUGGUUGGCGGGCGCGUGCGCGACACGCAGUCGUACGCGACGCUCAGCCACGCGGCCAGCGCACCCGGUCGCUUUGGCUUGCGCAACCUCAACGUGCGGUUCCCCCGCGGGCGGCUCUCGCUGGUCGGCGGGCCCACAGGCGCCGGCAAGUCAUCUCUGCUGGCGGCGCUGGUGGGCGAAAUGACGCUCACGCGCGGCCACCUCCUCCUCCCCGUUGCCGGCCCCACACGCAGCCUUGCGCUCGGCAGCCGCACCGACUCCGGCAUGAGGCUCGCAAACAUCGCCUAUGUUUCGCAAGAGGCGUGGCUGCGCAACGCAACCAUCCGGGAAAACAUCCUGUUUGGCGCGCCGUACAACGCAUCGCGGUACGAGGAGGUCCUGCGUGUGUGCGCGCUGAAGGCCGACCUGCGGAUCCUGGCCGCCGGCGAUUUGACCGAGAUCGGCGAACGCGGCGUGACCCUGUCUGGCGGCCAGAAGCAGCGCGUGGCUUUGGCGCGCGCAGUGUACUCUGAACGGCAGAUUCUGCUUAUUGACGAUUGCCUUUCGGCCGUCGAUGCGCAUACUGCGAGGGUUAUUUUGUCCGAGUGCCUGGUUGGCGGAGGGUCGUCGUCGGGGCUGAUGCGUGGGCGCACGAGGGUGCUGGUGUCGCACCAUAUGGCGAUGUGCCUGCCCCACUGCAGUUAUGUCGCGAUGAUGCGUGGGGGCGAGGUGGUGAUGAGCGGGGCGCCGCAUGAGCUGCAGCAGCAGACGGGCGCCUUCUCGGACCUGGGGGCAUUCGGCCAGGCAGCGCCCGUGGGCGCGCUGGUCGAGGACGAGGAGCGCGAGGAGGGCGGCGUCAAGCUUGCGGUCUGGCUGGUGUACCUGCGGUCCUGCGGCAGCGGCUGGUACUGGGGCAUAUCGCUGGCCCUGAUGGUGACGUGCCAGGCGCUUGUGGUCGCGCAGGACUACUGGGUGCGCCUGUGGGUGGCGGCCACCGGGGCUGGCGGCAGCCAGCAGCACUCGGCCGUGUUCUGGCUUGGCAUGUACGUGGUCAUCGGCGUUGCCGGCGUCGGCUGGCGGCUGGCGCAGAUGCUCUUUGUGUACUCCGGCGCGAUCCGCGCAUCGCGCCAGAUCCACACGCGGCUCCUGCGCGCCAUUGUCCGCGCGACGCCGCGCUUCUUCGAUGCGACGCCGCUGGGCCGCAUCAUGAACCGGGUCUCGCGCGACAUGCAGGUGGUCGACGAGCUGACAAUGGACACAAUGGCGUGGUGGUUUAUGGACAUCCUCGCAGUGCUCAGCGUCUUUGCGAUCAUCAGCCUGGUUGUGCCGGCCUUUGUCCUGGUGGCCGGCGCCGUGUCGGCGGUGUACUUUGCCAUUGCGCGCCACUACUUGGCCACGUCGCGGGAGCUCAAGCGGCUGGAGGCCAACAGCAUGUCGCCGCUCCUGUCGCUGUUCGGCGAGCUCAUCCUCGGCGUGUCCUCCAUCCGCGCGUUCGGCGCAAGCCACUGCUACGUGCGCGAGGCCUUGGCGCGGAUAGCCGCGCACAACCGCGCCUUCUACAUGGUGUGGUCGGCGAACCGCUGGCUGUCCAUCCGCAUCGACGCCGCCGGCGCCUCGGUGUCCUUCGCCUGCGCGCUUUUUGUGCUUUCCAGCCUCGACUGGCUGGACGCGGGGCUUGCUGGCUUUGCGCUGUCGUACGCGCUGACGUUUUCCGACCACAUGCUGUGGGUCAUCCGCAACUACAGCAGCAACGAGCUGAACAUGAAUGCCGUCGAGCGCCUUGAGCAGUACACGCGCGUGCGCCAGGAGGCUGCGCUGCACACGGCGGCUGUGCUGCCGGCGGGGUGGCCGAGGAGGGGCGACGUGGCCAUCGAGGAUCUGCUCGUCGAGUAUGUGCCCGGAGUGCCGGUGCUGCACGGCAUUUCGCUGGCGGCCCGGCACGGGGAGCGCAUCGGGGUCGUCGGGCGGACGGGCGCGGGGAAAAGCACGCUGUCGCUGGCGCUGCUGCGCUUCGUCGAGGCCGCGCGAGGCAGAAUCACGCUGGACGGCGUGGAUAUUGCCGCCGUUGGCCUGGAGGACCUGCGGCGCAGCGUCACGAUUAUUCCGCAGGACCCGGUGCUGUUCAACGGCAGCAUCCGCUUCAACCUCGACCCCUUCGGGGAAUACCCGGACGCGCUUGUCUGGGACGCGCUGCACCGCGCGCAUCUCACCCGACACGACCCGCCGCCCGGCAGCCAGGCAACCAUCACAGCCGACUCCGCCAUUAGCGACAACGGCCACACGCUGUCCCUGGGCCAGCGGCAGCUUGUGGCGUUGGCGCGGGCGCUUCUUCGGCGCUCGAGGCUGAUCAUCAUGGACGAGGCUACGGCGUCGGUGGACUUUGAUACGGAUGAGCGCAUACAGAGGACUAUUCGCGGAUCCGAAUUUGGCGAUUCGACUUUGUUCUGCAUUGCCCAUAGGCUGCGCACGGUGAUUGACUAUGACCGCGUGUUGGUGUUGGAUAAGGGGAGGAUUGCGGAGUUUGACACGCCGUGUGGGCUGUUGCAGAGGGAGGCCGGGCUGUUCCGCGCGAUGUGUGAGAAAUCGGGCGAGUUUGAGCGCCUUUAUGAGUUGGCCACAACGGGUGUGCAGAAUUAG